GGGGGGGUCGCCCGGUGAUGUCGGACGAAGGGGAGGACGCGCCCGUGGCGGCGGUGGCGGCCGGCUUCGGGCUGCCCGAGGAGCUGGCGGCCGUGCUGCCGGCCGACCCGUUCGAGCAGCUGGACGUGGCGCGCAAGAUCACCUCCAUCGCGCUCGCGUCCCGCGUCGGCCGCCUCGAGGCGGAGGCCGCGGGGCUCCGCGCGCAGCUCGCCCGGCGCGACGACGCCGCCGAGGACCUCCGCGAGCGCGUCGAGCAGCUCGAGUCCGCGCUCGCGCUCGCCACCGACCGCCUCAGCCGCGCCGAGGACGACAAGGAGACGCUGCUGAAAGAGAAGGCGACGCUGUCAAACACCGUCAACAAGCUCAACAGAGAUGUCGCCAAGUUGGAAGUUUUCAAGAAGACGCUUAUGCAGUCACUUCAGGAAGAUGAUGACAAACCCAACAUUCCCAAGGCUAAGCUCACCGAAACAUCGAAUUUCUCCCCUGCGCCAUCUGUCGGAGAUGAUGAUUCAGCAUUUCCAACUUCUAAUUCAUCACAGUUGUUUGAAACUGCAAGUUCUGCUUCAGAGGAAAGUAGCCAUGCUGAGCCAGACGUGCCUAGGCCACCUCGCUCGCAUGUAUAUAUGCCAUCGUACAACAGUACACCAAAGCUUACUCCUCCAGGCUCACCUCCAAGGGGUUAUGCACCACUUUCACCACCAAGGAGACAUUCAAUCUCGAUUGCGUCAAUGAACAGGCUCGAUGACAGGUCUUCGGUCUUUUCCAGUAGCCAUAGCACAAUGACAUCUCCAUUUGACACACCAAGUCCAACAGGACGAACACGAGUUGAUGGGAAAGAGUUCUUUCGCCAAGUCAGAAACCGCUUGUCUUAUGAGCAGUUCAGCGCAUUCCUAGCCAAUGUGAAGGAACUGAAUGCACACAAGCAGACCAGAGAGGAUACACUAAGAAAAGCUGAUGCGAUCUUUGGACCUGAAAACAGUGACUUGUACACCAUCUUUGAGAGUCUAAUUACUCGCACGCAUCAUUAGAGUUCUACAAUCUGAAUCUUUUCCCAUGGUUAACUGUGAGCCAGCUUUUCCUGUCAUUUGUGAUUAAUAUAUUUGUUAUUUAUUGUAUUUAAUAUCUGUAGAAGUCACCUGCUAUCAUUGCAGAUUUCGGAUAUAUAGUUUUUAAAAAUCCUUGUUGCAGUCAAUGUAAAGUCAUGGAUUGUAAGGUAGACCCUUUACAUAUUAAUACGAAUGCAAAACUUUGCAAUUUAGAGGCAA